AUGGAAUUCUUAGUGGACCUCGGUUCGAUUUGUCAGGCACUCAACCAGCUAAACUAUAAACACUGGAAUCAUUUUAAGCAAUCAGGCGAACGAGAAGACCUCGAUAAGUCUAUUAAUUAUACUCGGACUCUACUAGGACUUCUUGCAGAAGAAGAACCGAAUCGCUCUGGCGUACUAUGUAAUCUUGGGCUCGCUCUUUACGAGCGAUUCAAUCAAUGGGGGAAAUUAGAAGACUUAGAGGAGGCGAUUGGGCUCCACCGUGCAGUCUUGGAACGUUGUCCAGAAGGCCAUCAAUUCCGAUUGCAUGCUCUGGAUGGCCUUGCAAAUGCCCUCCAAGCUCGGUUUGAACAAAGUAGACAGGCUAUGGACCUCGACGAAGCAAUCGAGCUUAGCCGUUCUGCGUUAGAACUUCGCCCCGCCGGUCACCCCGAUCGUCCACAGUCUCUGCGCGACCUUGCAGUAUCCCUCCAGACUCGAUUUCGGCGGCAUGGACAGACCACUGACCGUGAAGAGGCCAUUGACCUUCUUCGCUCUGCCCUGGAAAUUAGCCCAGCCAGCCAUCCCGAUCGUUCCACGUUUCUAAAUAAGCUUGCGGUGUCCCUUCGUUCCCGGUUUCUGCAGCAUGGGCGGAUCACGGACCUUGAGCAGUCCAUUGAGCUCCACCGUUCUGCCCUGGAACUUCGUCCAAACGACCAUCCCGAUCGUCCCGAGUCUCUGAAUAACCUUGCGCUUUCCCUUCAGACUCGGUUUAGUCAGUAUAGGCGCAUCACAGAUAUCGAUGAGACUAUUAAACUUCACCGUUCUGCCCUGGAACUUUGUCCCAACGGCCAUCCCGAUCGCGCCGAGUCUCUGAAUAACCUUGCACUUUCCCUUCAGACUCGAUUUAAAGAGUAUGGGCGCAUCACGGAUAUUGAUGAGGCUAUUGAGCUUCAUCGUUCUGCUCUCAAACUUUUGCCCAACGGCCAUCCUGCUCGUCUUAUGCUUCUGAAUAACCUUGCGGUUUCCCUUGAAGCUCGAUUUAAGCAUUGUGGACACACCACCGACAUUGAUGAAUCUAUUGAGCUUCACCGUUCUGCAGUGGAACUUUGCCCCAAUGGCCACCCUGCUCAUUCUACGCUUCUGAAUGACCUUGCAGUGUCCCUUCAAAAUCGAUUUCGACAACAUGGACAUAUCAAAGACAUUGAUGAGGCCAUCAAGCAUCAUCGCGCUUCCCUGGAACUUCUCCCCCAUGAACAUGCUGGCCGUUCUCAGUUUCUGGGCAAUCUUGCAACUGCCCUUCAAACCCGAUUUGAACGACAUGGACAGAUCGUAGACCUUGACGAGGCCAUCGUACAACAUCGUACUGUCCUGGGACUUUGCUCGCAUGACAAUCCCGAUCGACCCUUGUCUCUAAAUAACCUUGCCGUCUCCCUUCAAAUUCGAUUUCAACUACGCGGACAACCUGCGGACCUUGAUAAGUCCAUUGAGCAUCUUCAUGCUGCCCUAAAGCUUUGCCCAGACGGUCAUCCUCGUUAUUCCAUGUUUCUCAAUAACCUUGCCAAUUCCCUUCGAACUCGGUUUGAACGAUAUGGACGCGCCACAGACCUUGACGAGGCCAUUGUGCAUGUUCGUACUGCCCUGGAAUGUUUACCUGUCAGCCAUCCCGAUCGUUCUUCUUCUCUGAACAAUCUUGCAACAGCCCUCCAAAUUCGAUUUCAACAGUAUGGACAGACUGCAGAUCUUAACGAGGCCAUCGUGCAUCAUCAUACUGUCCUGAAACUUCGCCCUCACGACCAUCCCGAUCGAUCCAUGUCUCUAAAUAACCUUGCCGCCUCCCUUCAAACUCGAUUUCAUCAGCACGGACAAACCACAGACCUUGACGAGGCCAUUGCUCAUCACCGUGCUUCCCUAGAACUUCUCCCCCAUGGCCAUUCUAAUCGACCCGAAUUUCUGAGCAACCUUGCGGGUUCCCUUCAAACUCGGUUUGAACAACAUGGACAGACCGCGAACCUUGACGAGGCUAUUGAGCACUUUCGUACUGCUCUGGAACUUUGUUCCGAUAAUCAUUCCCAUCGUUUCGGAUUUCUAAAUAACCUUUCCAAUUCCCUUCGAACUCGGUUUGCACAAUUUGGACGCAUCACAGACAUCGACGAGGCUAUUAUGCAUCUUCGUGCUAGUGUGGAAUUAUGCCCUAUCGGCCAUCCCGAUCGUUACAUGAUUCUGAAUAACCUGGCACUUUCCCUUCAAAGUCGAUUUGAAAAAUCUGGACGCACCAGAGACAUCGAUGAGGCUAUCGAACUACAUCGUGCUAGUCUAUGCCUUUACCCUGAGGGCCAUCCUGACCGUUCCACGUCUCUGAAUAACCUUGCAGUUUCUCUUCAAACACGCUUUGAAAAGCAUGGACAGUCCACGGAUCUUGAAGAGGCCAUCAAGUAUCAUCGUUCUGCACUUGAGCUUCGUGCCGACGGACAUCCCGAACGUUCCGCGUCAUUAGGAAACUUAGCUUCUUCGUUGCUCUCUCGGUUUGACAGAACCGGGAUCAAGGACGAUUUCGAAGAGUGUAUCCAGUUACUCAACCAAGCCACUGUACACAAGUUUUCGAGCUUCGUGACCCGGCUCGCGACGGCCAAAAGGUGGGCUGACCUGGCCCGGAAUCAUUCGCACCACACCACGUCCAGAGCUUACAAGGAGGCCAUGUCGCUCCUGCAACGUGCCCUCAUUGUUAGCCCUACUCUUCAUGCACAGCACGACUUCCUCAGCCGGAAACACUACUACAGUACGUUCGCAUUGGAUGCAGCUGCUUAUUUUGUUGAGGAAAACAAGUUCGACGAGGCUAUAGAGAUACUUGAGCAAGGAAGGGGUUUACUCUGGUCGCAGAUGCAUGGCUUUAGGACACCUUUAGUUGACCUUGCAGAAACAAACAGGGAGCUCGCUGACCGGUUCAGAAAUGUUAGUCGUCAGCUAGAGAAUCUCGCAACAUCAUCUUCCGCGCUGCAGACGAAGCUGAAAAUGGAACUAUUUAGCGUGCAAGAAAAUAUUAUCAACGAGAUACGACGGGUUCCCGGGUUCGAGAACUUCCUUGCGGCCACGCCAUUUGAAGUACUACAGCAGGUAGCUUCAGAGGAUCCAGUGAUCAUGAUCAACCUCUGCAAAUAUCGAUCCGAUGCUCUUAUUAUACUUUCACGCAAGUAUCAAGCGGUCGUCUGUGUUCCACUAGACGGGGAGUUCUACAAGGAUAGUAUCGAAUUAUACAUCAAGCUCCUGGAAACACGUAAAAACUCUGGGGUUGAUUCACUGGACUAUGACCAGAUACUCCGUCAAGUGAUGAGGAUGUUAUGGGACAGGGUCGUCUCCGAAGUCGUAGACAAACUAUUUGAGCUCGGAGUUGCCGAAGGAUCGCGCAUUUGGUGGUGCCCUACGUCCGUGUUGUCUGCGCUUCCCUUCCAUGCCGCAGGUCCAUUCGAGGACGUAGACGGCACUACAAAGUAUCUAUUAGAUAAAUACAUCUCGUCAUAUACUCCGACACUUGGGGCACUUAUUAAUGCACGAUCAGGUGGGAUUGGAGGAGAACCAACAGUGCUUGUCAUCGGUGAUCCCUCACUUCCGUCGGCCAAGGAGGAAAUUCGCAACAUCAAGAAUUGUGGUAUAAGCACUAAAUUACUUCUCAAGGAGGGGUCUCGUAAUACAGUUGGCAAAGCACUUAGGAAGACCACAUGGGUCCAUUUUGUAUGCCAUGGGAACAUAGAUCCAAAGCCUUUCAACUCUUUCUUCAGGCUCUACUGCCACAAGAAGGACGACGAGCGGGACCACAGGCUCACUUUACUUGAUAUUGUUCAGGCAAAUCUUCCGAACGCGGAGUUUGCGUUCCUUUCUGCUUGCCAUACCGCUGAACAGGACUACAAUGUCGCACAUGAUGAAGUGCUUCAUUUGGCUGCGGCAAUGCAGUUCUCUGGAUUUCGGAGCGUGAUUGGGUCGAUGUGGGCGUUACUUGAUGAGGACGGGCCCUUUUUCGCCAGGACAGUUUAUGGGUACAUAUGUGAGUGUGAUGAAGGCGAGGCAAUGUACAAGCGGGCAGCUGCUGGACUUCGAAAAGCAGCUGUAGAACUUAAGAAAAGGGCCGACAUUCGGUCUGAAAGAUGGGUCAACUCGGUCCACAUAGGUGCUUGA